AAGUUGGUUUUUUGUUUUAGCCGAGAUUUUUGCGAGGAUUUUUUUUUUUCAAGCAGCAAAGUGUUGAAUAGCACAAGUUUGUGGUCUAUUUUGCAGUGAUUUUUCCGAGGAUAUUUUGUGAGCCAGAUUGGUUUCAUUCCAUCGAUCGAAAUGAGUGGUUUUUGGCAUGAGAGCGACGUUUCGAUGUCCGAAGAAUCCGAGAACGAGACGCAUGCGAAUGGCAUGUUCAAUGAAGAAGAUGUUUUGACGAUGCCGCAAACGAUUGAUUCCGGAGUUGGUUUUGGAAAUGAAGGCCAAAAACCAACCCUUCCAACUGCCCCAGCCGAAAAGCGAAUCACCCAAGAAACGACUGGUAGAGCCGGAUUUGCUGCCGAUUGGUUGGCUGGAGCUUGGCCAUUGAAGCCAUUCGACGGGGCACUAGCAGCAAACGGUCGCAAGGCGGAGUGGAUCAGGUUUCGGGAUCAAUUCGAGAGAAUUGCUUCCUGUAAGGCUCGUGUCGACUCUCGAACCAAAUUGACUGGGAUGAAAAUUUUCGCUGGAGGUUUUCUUUUGAACAUCAUAGAGUUGCAAGAACAGCUCGUUACAGAUGCAAAAAGUGACAUAUACGAUGCUACCGUUUCUGGGUUGAAUAAAUACUUCAACCAAACUUGUGAUCAUACUAAAGAACGUAUGAAGUUUCGUGAUAUGUGUAUGAGUUCCAAUGAAACUUUCACCGAUUGGGUCUUACGCCUCGAAGGACAGGUAAAAUUUUGCGAGUUUCGUCCGGAGCAACGAGAAGAGGAGCUGUUGCAAGCUUUGCUCAGGCGCUCUAUCCCCGAAAUAUCAAGAAAACUUUACGAGAUUUCGGAUGUCUUGGGAAACAAUUUAGAACGCAUCAUCGAUCACGGUAAGCAUUUGGAUUUCAUAAGAUCCGAAAAUUCCGAACCAGAUGGCAAGGUCGAUUCAACCAAGGAGCUCGAUCAUGAAUUUUCCAAUGACAGAGCCGUGAAGCCUGUCAAUGCGCUGCAUACAAGGCAUCCGAUAAACCGUGGAAUCCGAACUCGAAACCCAGGCUACGAAAGUUUUGGAAACCAACUGAACAAUCGUGGAGGUAAUCAGCGAUUCAGGAACCAAAAACAUUUUGAGAAAAAAUGGUCCCCACUUUCUCAGAACAUCAUACAGGAGUGUGAUGACUGCGGAAAAGAACAUCGACCGAGAUCUUGUAAAGCAUUUCGAGCCAAGUGCUUCAGUUGUGGAAAAAGGGGCCAUUACGCUGAGUUUUGUCGUUCUACCCGAAACAAAGUUUUUUCAGAUCGUGAUAACGGUCCUGAAAGACAGCUUGACUUGAAGAAAGAAUCUUCCCGUAUAAAUCAGGUAGAUAUUGAAGACAACUUGACCAAUUAA